AUGGAUCCCGAUGAUCUUUAUGGCAAAAUGGCUUCAUCCACCAGCAUGCAAGACACAUGUCGGAAGCCAUUCGAACCUCCGUCUAGAAGCGACAUACAUGAAGAGGCGAUGAAAGAUGGACAAAGCCUAAUAGAUGUCGCUACAGAUUACUUAGGCACACUAGAGACCAUGGAAAUACCUGCAUAUGGUACUAUUUCGGCAGAACAUAAUGAUAUUCUGGAGAUGACAGCCGACGCCAUUUUGGUGCCUGUACCACCGAAUCUCACACCUUAUGGAGGAUUAGGUCUAAACGUCCUUGAAAGGGGGGGCAAAAAACUUAUCACGGCGCUUGUGAAACGAGCCAAAGUCGUCAUCGCAGAACGUCUCAAGGCUCUAGAAGCUAUGCAAAGUCACUUCAAUUCAUCGGAAGAAUAUAAAGAUGCUGUAAAACAUGCUAAGUCGCUGGAAAUAGGCGAUGUUAUUCUCACGCCCACCUUUGGUGCAACAAAGACCACAGUCAUUGGGUUUGUCGUGGCGCCCUUCUUCUUAGAGAUUAAUUCAAGGGAAGCAGCACUCAAAAUUAGACAUAUGUUCAAGUCCUCACUAGAAUAUUUGAAUCGUAUGUCUAUCAGAACAGUCUUGUGCCCUUAUCUGGCCGAUUCGGUGAAUGGCUAUGAACCGAAGAAGGCUAUUCAUGCCAUGAUAGAGGAGGCAUAUGACGUGUUGACAGAACUGGAUUCAAUCAAACCGUUAUAUGCUAUCCAAAAUGUGCGUUUGGUACACAAAAGGCUCUCUGAGGCGCGCAAAAUUGCAAGUGCCAUUGUCGAUGUUGCACAUGAAAGGCGACCCGAGUUGCAGGUACAACCAGCCUCCGUCUACUACAGUCGUGCGUCACAACGUCUGAUAGAAUUCGACGAAUCGGUGCUAAAAUUUUGCAGCCAGCAGCGAAAGAUUACGUACAAACGACAUAGUGUGGUACGUAAGAGCAAUAGGAUGCAUUGGUUACGCAACGUCAAGCCAUACGUAUGGAGAACCGGUCGUUUGUAUUCUCCACCGCCUUUACUGGUCUACAAGGCCACUGGAUUGCCAACCCUCAAACAGUUGCCACCAAGACCAUAUUACAAAGACAGACUUUCGCAUGUACUCUUCCCGCUAAUGCGCAAACCCAUAAAGGGUUUGAGGACAAGUGGAAGCGGUCAUCUGCUUGGAAAAACCAAACCAGACCCUAUCUAUAUGCAACGCAAGGAACUUUGA